UUUGCUCUUCUUUUUUUUACUUUCUUUCUCCUUCUUAUCAUCAUCACUUGUCAUUAUUUCCAUUUCCCUUUGCUUGAGUUCAAACUCAAUCGCUUCGUUAUUUAUCUCUCUCUCAAGGCUCUCUAAUUGCCCAUUCCAAAGAAAAGCAGAAAAGAACCCAAAUGGCUAGAGCAAUUUUGCUACUUGCUCUCUGCGUGCUGCCUGCCCUUGUGGCCGCUGCUCGUCCUGCCAGAAACCCAUUCGAAGUUGAAGGUCGCGUUUACUGUGACACUUGCCGUGCUGGUUUUGAGACCUCCAAAACCACUUACGUCGCUGGUGCCAAGGUUAGAGUUGAAUGCAAGGACAGGAAGACAAUGGAACUUGUAUACAGCAAGGAAGGAACCACAGACUCAACCGGAACAUACAGGAUCCAUGUUGAUGAGGAUCAUCAGGAUCAGCUCUGUGAUGCUAUGCUAGUUAGCAGCCCCCAGCAUGACUGCAUGAAGCCAUCAUCAGGACGUGAUCGUGCCCGUGUUAUCCUUACCAAUAACAAUGGCAUUGUAUCAAACAAACGUUAUGCCAAUUCUAUUGGUUUCAUGAAGGAGGACGCCAUGUCUGGUUGCUUUGAGCUUCUCAGGCAAUACCAGGAGUAUGAAGAUUAGAUUCAUUUUUUUGGGAGUUCCUCUAAUGAGUCUAGUUGAUCAAUCUUUGCUUGGCAUAUUCUGUUAUCUAUUAUCUAUCUAUAUAUAAUUAUAUGGAUUCAUAUGUUCUUUCAAUGUUUAGAGACCAAUUAAUUUGUCUUGUCAAUGAAACUCUUGUUUGAAUUAUAAUAUAUAUGUAGUGACAUUCUGCUUGAAUGUGUUUAUGCUGUA